UGAGUCCCUAUAAUAAUCCAUCAUGGCGUUGCGAGGCUGGGAGCAGUGGCUCUCAAGCCUCACUCUCUUAACUUCGUCUGCAGGUUAUUUCAUGGCAGUGACAGCACCGGUUUUCAACUGAGAAAAGCAAAACAACGACAACUGGAGAACAGUUUGUAAUGCUUCACACGGAGGGAAUGUAUUCUGUUUAGCGGUUGUGAUUUAUCUCAUAUCAACUCAAAACUGCAACAGGAUUUUAUACGAGUGCGCUAGCGGCUAUGUCUCUACUUUGUGUGCGGGUCAAGAAAGCCAAACUCUAUGGACCCCCAGAAAAGUUUAACGCCUACGUGACUCUGAAGGUACAGAACGUGAAAAGCACGACGAUCACAGUGCGCGGGGACCAGCCAUGCUGGGAACAGGACUUCAUGUUCGAGAUCAGUCGUCUGGACCUGGGCCUGAUCGUAGAGGUGUGGAACAAGGGGCUGAUCUGGGACACCAUGGUGGGGACCGUCUGGAUCCCUCUGCGGAGCAUCCGGCAGUCCGAGGAGGAGGGCCCGGGGGAGUGGGCUGUGCUGGACGCAGAGGUGUUGAUGAAGGAGGAUGAGAUUUACGGCACCAAGAACCCCACGCCACACCGUCUCCUGCUGGACACGCGGUUCGAGCUGCCCUUCGAUAUCCCAGAAGAGGAAGCGCAAUACUGGACCAGCAAACUGGAGCAGAUCAACGCCAUGCGAGACCACGACGAGUAUUCACUGCAAGAGGAAGUUCAGAAGAAGCCACUACCCACCGCUGCCUCCCAGUGCUCUCUGGAAGAUCAUGACAGCGCAGUGGAUGACCGGGACAGCGACUACCGCAGCGAGACCAGCAACAGCAUCCCCCCACCUUACCACACCACAGCCCAGCCCAACUCCUCCCUGCACCAGUACCCUGUCCCUCCCCGGCUGCAGCACCAGGCAGAUUCGAAGGACUCCGAGUCCAUGCAGAGCUACGACCUGGACUACCGGGACCAGAAAGAGAUCAGAUGGUACAGCAGUGUUGACUCCGCUGCGAAUGGCCGUAGUGAUCUAGAGUCUGCCUCUAGUCAGCUGACCAGCCGCAAGUUCUCACUAGGGAGCCGGCACUCUCUAGAGCUGUCCAAUAGCCCGGUGGGGAGCAGUCGAUACGACUCCUCUGGGAACCUGAGCCAGGGCAGCUCCCAGCUGAGCGAACUCGACCAGGAGAGUGCUCCAUGCUCCGAGCCGGAAGAGCGCCGUGACCGCGAGUCCUUCCACUCCUACCACAGCACAGGCAGCUGCAAGCCCAACGGCACAGACUGGGGGGGGGAGGAGGAGGAGGAGGAGGAGGCCAGGGUGCGAGCCGAGGACCACGACACCUUCACCAGACUCGAGGACAGGAGGCAGGACGUCACACCUGAGGGACUCCCGGAGCCAGUGCAUCCCCUCGAGAGGAGGCUGAGCAAGGAGCCGAGCAGCUUCGUGGGUGACGCGGAACCCCCUGCUCUCUCCCUGUCCAGGAUACGGUGGUUAAAGGCCAUCAACAAAGUGCGUGUGCAGGUGCAGGAGGGUCGAGAUGAUGGGGAUCCUUCAAAUCCUUCCUGGAGUAAAGGAGGGCAGGGCGGAGGCCUCUUUGGCAUUGACAGCAUGCCAGACCUGCGCAAGAAGAAGCCAAUUCCACUUGUUAGCGAUCUGUCCCUGGUUCAGUCGAGGAAGGCGGGAAUCACCUCAGCCCUUGCAACGCGGACGUCCCUUAAGGAUGAGGAGCUGAAGAACCAUGUUUACAAGAAGACCCUGCAGGCCCUCAUCUACCCCAUCUCCUGCACGACGCCCCACAACUUCGAGGUGUGGACCGCCACCACGCCCACCUACUGCUACGAGUGCGAGGGGCUGCUGUGGGGCAUCGCCAGGCAGGGCAUGCGCUGCUCCGAGUGCGGGGUCAAGUGCCACGAGAAGUGCCAGGACCUGCUCAACGCAGACUGUCUGCAGCGCGCAGCGGAGAAGAGCUCCAAGCACGGAGCGGAGGACCGCACGCAGAACAUCAUCAUGGCCAUGAAGGACCGCAUGAAGAUCCGUGAGCGCAACAAGCCAGAGAUCUUCGACCUCAUCAGAGACAUCUUCGUCAUCUCCAAGAUGGCGCACGCACAGCAGAUGAAGACCAUCAAGCAGAGCGUGCUCGAUGGCACCUCCAAGUGGUCAGCCAAGAUCACCAUCAACGUGGUGUGUGCACAGGGUCUGCAAGCCAAGGACAAGACGGGCUCCAGCGACCCCUACGUGACCGCGCAGGUGGGCAAGACAAAGAAGAGAACCAAGACCAUCUACGGGAACCUCAACCCUGUCUGGGAGGAGAAGUUCCACUUUGAGUGCCACAACUCCUCUGACCGCAUCAAGGUACGCGUGUGGGACGAGGACGAUGACAUCAAGUCCCGGGUGAAGCAGCGGCUGAAACGAGAGUCAGACGACUUCCUUGGGCAGACCAUCAUCGAGGUGCGGACCCUGAGCGGGGAGAUGGACGUCUGGUACAACCUGGAGAAGAGAACAGACAAGUCUGCCGUGUCAGGAGCAAUCCGGCUGCAGAUCAGCGUGGAGAUCAAAGGAGAGGAGAAGGUGGCACCGUACCACAUCCAGUACACCUGCCUGCACGAGAACGAGUUCCACUAUCUGGUGGACGUGCUGGGCAGUGGGAUGGUGAAGAUCCCCGAUGCCAAGGGAGACGAUGCCUGGAAGGUCUACUUCGACGAGGUGGCUCAGGAGAUUGUGGACGAGUUCGCCAUGCGCUACGGGAUUGAGUCCAUCUACCAAGCCAUGACCCACUUUGCCUGCCUGUCGUCGAAGUACAUGUGCCCGGGCGUGCCAGCGGUCAUGAGCACCCUGCUUGCCAACAUCAACGCCUACUACGCUCACACCACCGCCUCCACCAACGUGUCUGCCUCUGACCGCUUCUCCGCCUCCAACUUCGGGAAAGAGCGGUUUGUUAAGCUACUCGACCAGCUUCACAAUUCCCUGCGCAUCGACCUCUCCAUGUACCGAAACAACUUCCCAGCCAGCAGCCCGGACAGACUGCAAGAUCUGAAAUCCACGGUGGAUCUGCUCACCAGCAUCACUUUCUUCAGAAUGAAGGUGCAGGAGCUGCAGAGCCCCCCCAGGGCCAGCCAGGUGGUGAAGGACUGUGUGAAGGCCUGCCUGAACUCCACCUACGAGUACAUCUUCAACAACUGCCAGGAGCUGUACAGCCGCGAGUACCAGACUGACCCGAAUAAGAAGGACAUGCCCCCAGAAGAGCAGGGGCCGAGCAUCAAGAACCUGGAUUUCUGGCCCAAACUCAUCACCCUCAUAGUGUCCAUCAUUGAGGAGGACAAGAACUCCUACACCCUCGUCCUAAACCAAUUCCCCCAGGAGCUCAAUGUAGGGAAGAUCAGUGCGGAGGUGAUGUGGAACCUCUUUGCCCAGGACAUGAUGUAUGCAAUGGAAGAGCAUGAGAAGCACAGGCUGUGCAAGAGUGCAGACUACAUGAACCUGCACUUCAAGGUGAAGUGGCUCUACAACGAGUAUGUGCGAGACCUGCCUGCACUCAAGGGGAGCGUCCCAGAGUACCCUGCGUGGUUUGAGCAGUUUGUGUUGCAGUGGCUGGAUGAGAACGAGGACGUGUCUAUGGAGUUCAUGCAUGGCGCCCUAGAGAGGGAUAAGAAGGACGGGUUCCAGCAGACAUCAGAGCAUGCGCUGUUCUCCUGCUCGGUGGUGGACGUGUUCACUCAGCUCAACCAGAGCUUCGAGAUUAUCAAGAAGCUGGAGUGUCCUGACCCGGUCAUCGUGGGCCACUAUAACAGGAGGUUCGCCAAGACCAUCGGCAAGGUGCUGCUGCAGUACGCCGACAUCGUCUCCAAGAACUUUGAGUCUUACUGCUCCAAAGAGAAACUGCCCUGCAUUCUGAUGAACAACAUCCAGCAGCUCCGGGUCCAGCUGGAGAAGAUGUUUGAGGCCAUGGGAGCCAAGCAGCUGGACGCGGAGGCCAGCGAUACCCUGAAUGAGCUACAGGUGAAGCUGAACAACGUGCUUGACGAGCUGAGCACUGUCUUUGGGAACAGUUUCCAGCCCAAGAUUGAGGACUGUUUCAAGCAGAUGGGUGAUAUCCUGUGCCAGGUGAAGGGCACUGGUAACGUACCAGCCAACGCCCAGAACACCCUGGCAGCAGAUGCAGACAACGUGCUAAGGCCACUCAUGGACUUCCUAGAUGGAAACCUGAUGCUGUUUGCCAAGGUCUGUGAGAAGACGGUGCUGAAGAGAGUCCUGAAGGACCUGUGGAGGAUCGUCAUGAACACCAUGGAGAAAUCCAUUGUCCUGCCUCCUCUCACAGACACCUCGGGCACGCAGUUGAUUUUCACAGCAGCGAAGGAGUUGGGACACCUGUCCAAGCUGAAGGAUCACAUGGUGCGGGAGGAAGCAAGAAGCCUUACCCCCAAGCAGUGUGCCAUCCUGGAUCUGGCCUUGGAUACGAUAAAGCAAUACUUCCAUGCGGGAGGGAACGGGCUGAAGAAGACGUUCCUGGAGAAGAGCCCGGAGCUGCAGUCUCUGCGCUACGCCCUGUCCCUCUACACCCAGACCACAGACACCCUCAUCAAGACCUUCGUGCAGACGCAGACCGCGCAGGUGCAUGAUGGGAAGGGUAUUAGGGUUACCGCUCACGAGGAUGUCCGUCCUGAUAAGGGCUCCGGAGUGGACGACCCAGUCGGAGAAGUGUCAGUACAGGUCGAUCUGUUCACACACCCGGGCACUGGAGAGCACAAGGCGACUGUGAAAGUUGUGGCAGCGAAUGAUCUGAAGUGGCAGACCUCAGGAAUGUUCCGACCCUUCGUGGAGGCAACGAUGAUCGGACCCCACCUGAGCGACAAGAAACGCAAGUUUACCACCAAGUCCAAAAACAACAACUGGGCUCCCAAAUACAACGAGACCUUUCACUUUAUCCUGGGGAACGAGGAUGGGCCGGACUGUUACGAGCUGCAGGUGUGUGUAAAGGACUACUGCUUCGCACGGGAGGACCGCGUGCUGGGGAUCUCCGUGAUGCAGCUGCGGGACAUCGCAGACAAGGGCAGCUGUGCAUGCUGGUGUCCGCUGGGGCGCAGAGUGCACAUGGACGAGACGGGACUGACAGUGCUGCGAAUCCUCUCGCAGCGCACCAACGACGAGGUCGCACGCGAGUUCGUCAAGCUCAAGUCAGAGUCGCGCUCAACCGAGGAGGGAAGCUGAGGAGGGGACGCCACUGCUGCUCAGCCGGCGGCGGCGUCGUCUUCUCCAUCUCUGGACUACACUGUUAAUCUGUAUUGAGAAGGACGGGCUCUUCACUUCACAACAGGGAUUUCAUGAACACUUUGACACGUUUCACCCGGAACCUCUUCUGUUCCGUCUCUCUGCUGUGGUCUCUCUUGAUUUGUGAAGUGUCUGGGUGUGUACGAUUUUAUCCACAGUUGUGCAAGAGAUUCGGGUUUGAAUUACUAUGCUUGUCAUUUUCAAUUUAUUAUUAGUGUUAUUAUUGUUAUUAUUGAUACUUCUACUACUAGUAGUACUAUCAUAGUCGAUAGUUUGAAUACGUUUUAAACUAAUAUUUAUAGGUAUAAUGAACAGCCAAAUGAAGAAUUGUCAGGCAGAUUUUGGAUCUGAACUGAAGGCACUUGUAUAUGUGGUUUACAGGUUUAGCUGUGGUAGUCUGAGCUCUAAUCUGAUAGUUUAGCAAUUACCUGGAGAGAAGAUAUGUUCUUUGUACUGUUAAUUGUUGCGAGUUGAUAUAGAAAUAGUAAAUUAUAUUGCUUGUAAUUCCCUUGACAAAUGCAUUCAUAGUGUCCUGCUCACUCUGUGGGGUGAUUUUAACAUGAUUCUGGAAGGCGCUUUAUAAAACUGUACUAUUAAUAUGUGUAUAUCAAUCCUGUUUUCUUUCAGACUGCCUUCCUUAAUCACCUCAGUUUGCUCAACAGAGAGAGAUAAUUGGACAUGAUGCAUAAAUUAGGAAGUUGGCAAUUUCAGAGUUACAGUUCAUACUGCAAUUGAAAACGAUUAUUUACUUUAUUUGUAAUUUAAAGUGCUUAACAAAAUAAGUGCAUUAUGCAGUACUUGAUCAGCCUCUUCUAUUUAUCAGUUCGCUGUUAUUUAUUGAAUGCCUUGUUUUAGGAAUUGAGCCAUUUGUUUAGGGCUGUUCAAGUCAUGUUCUAGAUGUUCUGAUCCAAUCAUCAGAGACCAUGGCAUUUUUUUUGCAAACGUGAAAGUCUCUCUUCUGAAAUUGCCUCUUUUCAAAAGUUGCAUUGUCCCUGCUCUGGCGUUGUCUCUUUAUAAAAUAAAACUAAAAAACACAAUUGUUUUUACAGAUAAUGCAGACAUACUGUACCCUUACCUUAACCAAAAAAAAAAAGUUUAAUAAAUACUUUGCAAGGGACCAGGUGGAUAAUUAUCACAUCUGCCAAUAUUCUGUGAACAGGACCAAACUGAAAGUGAUCAGCAUUGCGGUGAUGUGGUAUCUUAUCACACAUGCCAUACUGCUGCUCUUUCGUCUUCACUUCUGCCAAGAGCAAAAAGAGAGUGCAACUUUCACAUUCCCUUUUUUGUUGUUGUUGAUGUUGUUAAUGCUGCGUCCCUCUUCAAAAGCUAGUCUGAUAAAAUCUCUGAGCAUUGGUGUCAAAGGCUGGGACCAGAGAAGACUAAAGUUUCUAAAGCCACGAGUGUGACGGUUGCUUUGAUUUGCACACAGAGAUCGACCAUCACAAGCAAGAUCCAUUAUUAACCGGACGGGGGUAACUGAUUUAUCCUUCUGACGGCUUACAAGAAAACAGGUUUCCCUCAAACAGUAUUCUUUUAUAUGUGACACCAGUUACUUAUAAACCACACCAUGAAAGUAUUCUGUUUGACACCUAUGGCUCAGAGAAACUGAUAGGGAGGAAAAUUACAGGAACAUUAUUUAAACAGUUGUAGCAACACGUGGGGGCGUAUAACGCUAUAUCACACCCCGCUACUUACUCUUUAAAGCCACGGCCCAUUCGUUAUACAAGCAACAACAGUAGUGUCCAGUGAUCACAUGGAAUCAUGGGUGUUGUAGUUCAAUAACAGACCGGUGUGAAGGAAAGACCUACAACACCCAGCAUUCUACAACAGGGGUAAAUCCUGUGCAGUACAUUCCAAGCUCCUCCAGCUAGUUCCACAUCUGUCACUCAAUCAAGCUCAAAUUUAUAUACUGGUGUUACAUAUGUAAAUUAUAUAUAGAGAGAUAUAUUAAAAGCAGUAUGCCAACAUGUUUUAUAAUAUGUUUACGACAUCCCAUCAAUCAUUUAUUGACCUUGCUUGUAUUCUGUUAGUUUAGAAAUUGUUCUAUUUAGGUGAGAAAAAUUCAAAAACAUCCCAUUAAGAGACAUCGGUGCUAGACCAAAAAAAUAAAACAUAAACAACACGUCAUUUUUUUCAAUCCUAAAUUGUGUGCCAUCAACUGUCUUGCACAGUCCGAAGUGUAACCUCUUCUAAAUCUAAAUCUAAGAGAAAGUGCCAUACCACUACACAGGUGAAUCCCCAAAGAAAUUUGAGAAAGUGACUCUGGCAAGAGGACUGGUUCAGCUGUUUAGUUACUUAAGAGGGAAGCUUUGUCCUAGCGAGGAUCAGGCUGCAAUAGAAAUGCUAUUUUCUACUUUUUAUGACAGGCUUAAUGACACCUAUCAAUUGACAUACUUACAAUUUUCCAGAAAUUACAUUACAGCAUCUUGACACACAUCGCUUUGCCAUGAGUGCUAAAUCUGAUGAAAGAUUACUGGAAGUAUUUUAAGGGCUAGGUCCAUAUUCUUUUUCUAUCACUGAAUACACCGCAAAUGGGUUUGGAACACUUGGAAUCUACUGUACGCACUCAUUGACUCACAAUGUGAAGAGUAAGACUGCAUUCUGUGUGUAUACCGUGUGCCAAGACGUGCAAGCGCUCAGCUCUUACACAUUCAUAUAUAUAUAUAUAUAUAUAUAUAUAUAUAUAAAGAGCAUGUCUUGUAUAGCAAUCAUAGUACAUAGACCUUCGUUUGUGAAUUUUUAAUAUAUGUAUAGCCACUUGAGAAGAAAAUGAUGCUAAAUAAAUAUAGAAAUAAACAUUUGUUGGGGAACUGACAAGUGCUUAAAAAUAAAUUUUGUACAUAAAUUAUUUAAGAAACA